AAACUUCAAAGUCUCACGCUAUGGUCAUUGGUGGCGAUGAUGGUCAGGGUUUCUUCGCCGCGCCUGGUGAUCGUGGCGGCUGGAGCGAUCGCCAUCGCCACUAUCUUGAUCGCUUUCGCUCCAGUGGUCGACAAGGCCAGAUUCAUUCCAUCAGCGGUAAUCUCCAAUUUGAUCCGGCCACGGCCAGUGAAUUCUUCUGCCCGAGCGAUUGAUCGCCAGCGCCUCCACCAGUGCUCCGCGAUUUCAAAAUCCCCAUCGCAGUGCCCGGCCUACUUCUCCUGGAUUGACAGGGACCUGGCACCGUGGAAAGAUCACGGAAUCACGCUCCACAGCCUCCAAGAAGCCAAGAAGAGGGCGGAUUUUCGCGUGCUCAUCCUCAAUGGCACGCUCUACAUGGAGCGCUACCACAAGUGCUUCCAAACGCGCGACGAUUUCACGCUGCGCGGCCUCCAGCUGCUGCUCGAUCGCUUCCCAGGGAUGGUCCCGGACGUGGAUCUCAUGUUUGGCUGUGGAGAUUUCCCGGCAAUCCCACGCGCAAAGGGCAGCGACGAUCCAUCGCCGCCUCCUCUCUUCUCCUACUGUACCACCGCCAGGGGCGAGAACUACGACAUCGUAUUUCCAGAUUGGUCCUUCUGGGGAUGGCCCGAGGUAAACAUUCUUCCGUGGGAGGAGGAGAAGCAAAAGAUCUACUCGGGAGCUCGAGAGGAGAAAUGGUCAAAGCGGCAGAGGUUUGCGUAUUGGAAGGGGAAUUACUGGACUGGGGCCGCUCGACCGGAUCUAGUAAAGUGUGCUGCGAACAAAGAUGUCAAUUCCAGCCGCUUGAUCACUCAUCACCAGGAUUGGAAUGCUGAGAAAGGGCAGGGUUUCAAAUCCUCGGACAUGUCCAAGCAGUGCACUCACAGGUACAAAGUCUAUGUGGAAGGUCGAGGCUGGUCUGCCAGUCUCAAAUAUAUCAUGUCGUGUGGAUCCACCGUUUUGUUCAUCCACCCCGAUUUCCACGAGUUCUUCUCGAGAUCACUGAUCCCGUUCGUCCACUACUGGCCGAUCAACCGAACCGACAUUUGCAACUCGAUCAAAGCUGCUGUAGAUUGGGGGAAUGCCUUUCCUGAGGAGGCCGAAGCUAUGGGGAAGUGUGCUCAAACAUUUCUAGACAUGGAGCUCGAUAUGAAGUUUGUCUACCAGUAUAUGUUGUUGCUUCUCCAACACUAUGCCCAGCUGCUAAAAUUCCAGCCGGUUUUGCCUGAGGGAUUGGCACCAUUCCAAACUGACAACAAAGCUUUUGUAAACAAAACUAGCACUGUAGCUCUGACCCAAGCUUGCACUAUAUACUAGAAUUUUGAGCGAUUAAUUGUUAUUUAACCUUAGCUGUUAGUUUAAUAAACCCCAAGCACGAGAAAGACUUUUCUGGUUCA